AUGAUAGAAAGGGACAUCGGAGCACAAGAAACAUGUCACAUGCUAUUAGAACUUCCAUUGGUAGAAAGCAAUAGAAAAUCUGUUAACCUAAAUGUCUCACAUGAAGUGUUCAAACCGGUGACUAUAACUGAUGAAGAAAGCAAUAAAGAACAAGCAAAUUCUUUUAUAGCCGGAUACAGAACAAGGCCAUUUUGUAUGGAAGGUGUAUCCUUGAUUGAUGCAGCUAGAUCAUGGAUAUAUAAUCCUAAAAGAAGAAGAGACAACAAAUGGGAGCCCAGACAAAGAGCAGCAAUUGUGAGAGGUAUAUCUAUUAUUUUGGUAGGAGAUUUGGGUCAAUUGCCUCCAGUCAAUGAUAGACCAGCAUAUGAUAGCAACAGACGAGAAAAGUUACUAUGGGGGGAAUUCAAGACUGUAGUAACUUUAGAUAAGAUAUUUAGACAAAAUGGGGAAAAUUUCGAACAACGGAGAUUUUGUCAGUUGCUGACGAAUCUACGAGAUGCAAACCCACAAAUAGAAGAUUGGAAAUUGUUGAUGACAAGGAUCCCUGCAAACAUGGAUGCUGCAAAUAAUGUUGACUUCGAUAAUACGGUCCAUUUGUUCUCUACAAAUGACAACGUUCAUAACCAUAAUAAGAAAAUGUUACAUUUGUUGAAGCAACCUAUUGCACGUAGUGUUGCCACAAAAGCGGGGAGUGUUAAUAUAGUAGAAGAUUGUUCAAGUGGUGAACUUGAACUAGAAUUAUUGAUCAGCAAGAAUUCAAGGGUCAUGCUCACUUCAAAUCUUUGGAUUCAAGUUGGUCUUGUAAAUGGAGCACUGGGAUAUAUUCAAAAGAUUGUCUACAAACCAAGAAGUGCUCCACUUGAACCGCCCACUUAUGUGAUGGUUGAGUUUGAUAACUAUUCUGGAUUACCUUUUGAAGAUCAUCAUCCGAGUACAAUUCCAGUAACACCUAUUCAGAAAGGCAGAACGCUUCAACUACCAUUGAGAUUGGCAUGGGCAUUAACCAUACAUAAAUCUCAAGGAUUAACUCUUCCAAAGGAAACAAUUGAUACAGGACCUAGAGAAAGAACAUGGUUGACAUUUGUGGCAAUUUCUUGUGUGAAAUCUUUAGAGAGUCUAAGAAUAAUGCCCCCAUUCACAUAUGACCGUUACGAGAAAAUGAAAAAUGGUAGACAACUUGCUAAGUGCAAAGUUGAAGAAUAA